AUGCUCCGCCUCCGCAGCUCCAUCCUCACCCACCUCCUCUCAUCUCCAGCCACCUCUCCGGUAUCCCCUCUCCACCGCCUCCUCUCAGCCGCAGCGCCAGCCAUCUCCACCCCGACCACCGGGUUCGCCGUGGAGGACUACCUCGUCGGCACCUGCGGCCUCACCCGACCCCAAGCCCUCAAGGCCUCCGCCAAGCUCUCCCACCUCAAGUCCCCCGCCAAUGCCGACGCCGUCCUCGCCUUCCUCGCCGGCCUCGGCCUCUCCGCCGCCGACGUCGCCACCGCCGUCGCCAGGGACCCGCAGCUGCUCUGCACCGGCGUGGAGAGAACACUGGCGCCCGUCGUCGCGGGGCUCUCCGGCCUCGGCGUACCACGUUCUGAGAUCGCGCGCCUCGUCUCGGUUAAAGCCAGCCUCUUCCGGCGUAGAUCCAUCGUCUCCAACGUCGCUCUCCUGCAAGAGAGUGGGCUAGGUGUUUGUGAUAUUGCCAAGCUGUGCCUCACUAGGCCACGGCUGCUCAGCAGCAACCUAGAGCGCGUCCAGGCGGCGUUGGCGUCCGCCGAAGCACUCGGUGUACCCCGUGGAUCCGGGAUGUUCAGGUAUGCGAUAGAAGCUGUUGCAUCCUUCACCGAGGAGAAGAUCGCUGCCAGAGGGGACUACUUGAAGAAGACAUUCAGGUGGUCGGAUGCCGACGUGAGCAUUGCUGUGUGUAAGGCUCCGUAUUUGAUCGUAAAAUCAAAGGAAUCACUGCAGUGCAGGUCUGAAUUCCUCAUCUCUGAGGUGGGGUUGGAACCGGCCUACCUCACUCAACGUCCGGCAAUGGUCUGUUACAGCCUAGAGGGCCGGAUGAGACCCCGGUACCACGUUGUAAAGUUUCUCAAGGAAAAUGGAUUGCUCAAGCGCGACCCGAGCUACUAUACUGUUUUCAAGGAGAGCGAGAAGUAUUUCAUGGAUAAGUUCAUAUGCCCUCACAAGGAGGCUGCACCACACCUUGCAGAAGAUUAUGCUGCCGCUUGUGGAGGGGAAGUGCCCGCUAGAUUCAGAUUUACAUGA